GAUCUUUUUAACAGUAUAUAUAUCUCUACAGAAAAAACAUUACAUGAUCUAUGGUAAGGUUUCUCACACUGGACUGAAUCAUGGUGGAGACUCAGGAGAGAUUCACUUUAUUUCAUUUAUUGGAAUACCUGUUUACUUUGGUGGGACUGUUAUUGUUCCUGCUGGAUAUAGCGCUGGACAUUUGGACUGUUGUGUCAUUUUAUCAGGAUGGGGCCUAUGUGUAUAUGGCAGUGAUGAUCUUUCUGCUGCUGGGCUCUUCAGUGUUGUUACAGGUGUUCAGCUGGCUCUGGUACUCUGAUUCCCUGGAGAAGAUUGAGACUAAGGUGGAGACAUUUGCAAAGAGGCAUUUAUUGAUCAAACCAUUCCACUUCCUGCAGCUCGGAGUCUACCUCAGGUAUGCUGGGGUGAUAGAGAUUUCCACAACACAUUUUCUUCGGCACACUAACAGUUUCACAGAGGGUGUAGCUGUGUACCUGAACCAUGAUCUUCAGAUGCUUCGUCUAUUUGAGACAUUUUCUGAAAGCGCCCCACAACUCACACUCAUGAUGUCUAUAAUCCUACAGAGAGGAGAGCUGGAGCUUACUACAGGUUUAAAAAUCCUCACAUCAGCUGCUGCAAUUGCCAGUAGCGUUACUAUGUACCACCGCAGCAUGCGUAUUUAUCUUCCUGAAAAACACAAGAUGAGCUGGAUCUCCACUGGCGUCUACUUCCUGUGGAACUUGUUGGUGAUUAUUCCCCGUGUAACUGCUCUGGCACUCUUCUGCAGUGUAUUGCCAUGCUACAUCAUAGCUCACUUCCUGUCCUUGUGGAUGCUGCUGGUUUUAGUCGCCUGGAGCCAGAAAACAGAUCACAUGAAAAGUCCUGGUUGGGAAUGGCUCUUCAGAGCUGCUGUUGGACUCAUCUGGUACUUCUGCUGGUUUAAUGUAACAAAAAAAAGCAUCAAAUUAAAGAUGGUUCUGUAUUAUAGUUUCAUGGCUUUGGACACAGUGAUGCUGCUGGGCUUCUGGUGCUGGAAGGUGUUUGAGUAUGCAGGCUGCUGGAGCUCCUUAAAUCCUUAUAAAGUGAUCCCGACACUACUAGGCUUGUACGUCACUGGAAUACUACUGAAAAUGAUAUAUUACAGAUGCUUUCAUUCCAACGGUGAUAGAGAGAAAAUCACUGAACCCACUGAAGGGAAGUACAGAAGAGCUGCAGCAUAUGACAUGGACACAGACUUGACCCCAGAAGAUGCAGCUGCAGCUCCUGCGCAGCCUCUCACUGGAGUCCUCAAGAGGAGCAGGACCAUGGCUGCUAAUUUCUACUUCUAG